AUGGAGACCGAUUUUCCCACCACCAUUUCUAUAUCCUCUCGAGACGCAGUCAUGACCGACGGGUUGCCCUCAUCUGAGAAAGACAUUAAUCGCAAAGUCAAGGCACACAGAAAGUCUCGGCGGGGAUGCGGUAAUUGUAAGCUUCGCCGUGUCAAACUGUCCGUUGGCGGGGCUGCCAACAUCGAAAUCUUGCAGAUAUUGCCAUACUCACUGAAGCAGACCCUUCCUAGCAUAAUCGCUCCGUCAUUGAGAUUACAGUCGACAGGAUCUCUGAAAGCUAGCAAUGUGCUAUAUGAAUUCAGAGAGGAGGACCAAGCGCUGCUGAAGAAGUUCCAAACGAGAACGGUCUUCACUAUGACCACCGACAAAAAUCUCCAUUUGUAUCAAAUAGAAUCCUUCAAGCUCGCCCACUCAAGUCAUGUCUGGCGAGCCCUACUGACCUUGGCGGUUCAGCACCCGUUCUUAAUGCAUGGAAUACUGUCGUUAACACUUAUGCAUGACCGCUACCUGUCCGCCGCGCCAAACACCAAACUAUCCGUUACCGAGGCUUUUCAUUGGUAUCAAAGUACAGCAUUGUUCAACAGCAAGCUGUCUGCCCCAAUUGACCCUUCGGAGCGAGAUGCCCUCUGGGCUACUGCGGUUUGCCUCGGUGUAAUAGCAUUCUUUUAUAUUGAGGCAAGGACGCCAGAGGAAGCGUGGCCACUCAAGCCACCUUCGUCUUUGGAUCUCAAUUGGCUCAGCUUGAGCGAGGGAAAGAAGGAAGUGUGGAAACUUACUCGACGUGCAGAAGGAAUGAGCGUUUUUCAGACGCUGAUUCCCUUUGAAAAUACGAAGCCGAAAACAUCCUCUUCCACGGUACCUGGAUUGGAGGCUCUGCCUUCCGAAUUCAUUGACCUCUGCGGUUUUGACGCCGCAUCCACUUCCGACAACAAUCCCUAUCACGCCGUCGCAACUGCUCUAGCAAAGUCAUUGAAUAGUGACUGCAAGCUCACCACCAUUCUGGGCUUUCUGUUUUUCAUCACCAAUAUGCUCCCAGAGUACAAGCAAUUACUGAAGCAGAAAGAUCCAUGUGCGCUUCUGCUGCUGGCAUAUUGGUACGCGAAGAUGUGCCAGUAUCCACAUUGGUGGAUUUUUGGGCGGGCGUCGCUAGAGGGUCAAGCGAUCUGCAUAUACUUGCAAAGGUAUCAUGGAAACGAGACCGGGAUUCAGAAGCUUCUGCAGUUCCCGAGGAUGAUGUGUGGUGUUGUGCCUUGA